AUUAAAAAUGAAGAUAUCUAAUGUGAGUAAGAACCUGGUAGUCUCUUUCACUACUUUUGAUGGAAUGAUCAACGCUUUAAUGCUACUCAACCAGUUGAUGAAUGCAGGUAUGGCACAAUUCUCUAAUCCAAUUAUGAACACAAGAUUAGGGUCAAGAAGAAGCUUGACUUUCUUCCACAGGCACUUAUGGAUUACUGUUUUUACUUUCAUGCUUGCAUGUUUGAAGGGUCAACUGAAAUUUCCAGGGAAAUAAAGAUUUUCACUUUAUUGUAGUUGCUGGAUCUCUUAAUAUGUUCCUUAACAUGCAGCUAAAUUCAAAGAAUAACAGUUUCUUCACUCUCCCGUUUAUGAUGCUCUUCCAGCCCUUGUUUCCAGCUUUUGUGCUAAUGUACCUAAUUGGCUUAGGACUUGACAAAUGGACACCCAGAAAAAUUGCAGGGUGAGUCUUCUGCAUCUUACCAGCCCUCUCUUAUGUUACUUUGUAUAAUAUCACAGACGAAAAUAGAUUCUUUAAAAAUUUCUUUUUGAUAAUACAGAUUAUGUACCCAGCGAUGGGUGCUAUUUCUCUAAGAUUUGCCGUGUUGAAAGGGAACCUAGGAAUAUUCAACAUUGCUUUUUGGGCUUCACUUACGGCGACUGCUCUGGCUUUUUCUUACUAUUCAUUCCAAUAUUGGCUUGCUCCAAGUCCUCCAUUCUUUAGCUAUACAUAUCAAUUAGGGCUCAUGAGAAUUGCAACUAUCUGGAUUUUCCGAAUCAUCGCGGAUACUUUUAAUGUGUGUACAUUCAUCUACUUUACUUCAAAAAAGAAGAUAGCUAAGGCUGCUUGUUUUGUCACUUUGAAUGGUAUGUUCAUUGUCCUGUUCAACCUCCUCAUGGGAACUUAUGACACAUGGAUCUAUGCUUAUUUGUUAUUCAUUUACACAGGAUACAGCUUAAUUGCAUAUGAUAGGGCGAAAGUGUCUAAAGCUAAGCUCAAGAAGAACAUUAAAAUCAGAUAUAUUUCCCACGUAGACGAGAAUCACAAGGAAGUGAAGUAUUCUGACUUCACUUUUAACUCAGAACUAAACAAUCAUGAGCUGAUGAAUACUAUUAAACAAGUGGGAAAGAAAAUGCCAAUAGCAGAACUCCCAAGUCUAGAGGUUUCAGACUCCAAGGAUACAGUUGAUUUUAGAGAGAAUUAUUUUGGACAAUCUACUUCAGGUUCUCGAAAAAAUAUCAAGAAUAAAGUUAUUAGCAAAACACAAUAAGAGGAAUUAAAUAAAACUUACGAAUCUUUGAAGAGAUCAAGGAAGAGCUUGCUUACUGAACCAAGCUCUGUGUAGCUAGCUUAAUUUGAUCAAUAAAUUUCUUUGAAAAUAAUCAGGAAAUCCAUUCGUUAGGCAUCACUAAUUUACAUGAUGAAUAUGCUUGAUUCUUCAGGC